AUGGGGUCCGAGACAACUGAAAGAAAUGACACCUUGCUGGGAAAUGGAGUCAUCGGCAUUCUCGCCGAGACCGUCAAUAUGUGGGAGAGGAGGGCGCCGUUAACUCCUUCCCACUGCGCUCGUCUUGUGCUCGGAGGAGGCAAGCGCGAAUCCGGCGUGAACCGGAUCAUCGUGCAGCCAAGCACCAAGAGGAUCCACCACGAUGCUCAGUACGAGGAUGCUGGGUGCGAGAUCUCAGAAGAUCUGUCAGAGUGUGGCCUCAUCGUAGGCAUCAAGCAACCAAAGUUAGAGAUGAUUCUUCCGGAUAGAGCAUAUGCAUUCUUCUCGCACACCCACAAGGCCCAGAAAGAAAAUAUGCCGCUGUUAGAUAAGAUCAUGGAGGAAAGAGUGUCCUUGUUUGAUUAUGAGCUAAUUGUCGACGACGAUGGGAAAAGGAUGCUGGCAUUUGGGAAAUUUGCUGGCAGAGCUGGACUGAUAGACUUCUUACACGGUCUCGGGCAGAGAUAUCUGAGCCUUGGGUACUCGACUCCGUUUCUGUCUCUGGGGCAAUCCCACAUGUAUCCUUCCCUCGCUGCAGCCAAGGCUGCAGUCAUCGCCAUUGGUGAAGAGAUAGCAACAUAUGGACUUCCAUCUGGAAUUUGUCCGAUUGUAUUUGCAUUCACCGGAUCCGGAAAUGUUUCGCAGGGCGCACAAGAGAUAUUCAAGCUAUUGCCACAUACCUUCGUUGAUGCUGACAAACUCCCCGAGCUCUCUGCGGGAAAGAGUCUGCCUCCACAUCAUCAGUCAACCAGGAGAGCAUUCCAACUAUAUGGAUGUGUUGUCACAUCUAAAGACAUGGUCGCACCCAAGGAUCCCAGCAGAUGUUUUGACAAAGCUGACUAUUAUGCUCAUCCAGAACACUAUCGCCCUGUUUUUCAUGAAAGGAUUGCUCCAUAUGCAUCUGCCAUUGUUAACUGUAUGUACUGGGAGAGGAGGUUCCCACGACUAUUGAGCAUUGACCAGUUACAACAGUUGAUGAAGAAUGGGUGCCCUUUGGUUGGCAUUUCUGAUAUAACUUGUGACAUUGGAGGUUCCAUAGAAUUUGUGAACAGAAGUACAUCAAUAGAGAGGCCUUUCUUCCGGUAUGAUACUUCGACUAAUUUGUACCAUGAUGAUAUGGAAGGCGAUGGUGUGAUCUGCUUAGCUGUUGACAUUCUGCCUACAGAGUUUUCCAGAGAGGCCUCCCAGCAUUUUGGAGACAUAUUAUCUAGAUUUGUUACCAGCUUGGCCUCAGCUAAGGGACUGCUGGAGCUUCCUUCCCACUUGAGAAGAGCUUGCAUCGCAUAUGCUGGCAAACUCACUCCUCUGUAUGAGUAUAUUCCUCGGAUGAGAAAGACUAUGAUAGAAUUGCCACCAACUCCAGCGAAUUCAUUGCCUGAUAAGAAGUACACCACCCUGGUAUCUCUCUGUGGCCACCUCUUUGAUAAGUUCCUUAUAAAUGAAGCUUUGGACAUCAUUGAGACAGCUGGGGGUUCUUUUCACUUGGUUAAAUGUGAUGUUGGACAAAGCAUCGAUGAUAUGUCCUACUCGGAGCUUGAAGAACUCUUCCGCAGAAAAAAGUAUCAGGACUCACAGGUAGGAGCAGAUGAUACGACUACAUUAGACAAGAUCAUCGAUUCCUUGACUUCUAUCGCUAAUGCGCACCGUGGAGAUCCUAAUGCUGCCGAGAUAUCUCUAAAGAUAGGAAGAGUCAGCGAAUGCGGAAUUGAUGACAGCAUGGAUAAAGUAGGACCAAAGGUUUUAAUCCUUGGAGCUGGGAGAGUUUGUCGGCCAGCUGCUGAGUUUCUAACAUCUUACCAAAACAUCGACCAAGUACAUGUUGUCGUGGCAUCUCUGUAUCAAAAAGAUGCAGAAGAGACAGUUGACGGAAUAAAGAAUGCAACAGCAGCUCAGCUCGAUGUUUCAGAUACUGAAAGUCUUUCGAAUCUUGUUUCACAGGUUGAUGUUGUAGUCAGCUUGCUGCCUGCUAGUUUUCAUGCUGCCAUUGCAAGAGUAUGCAUAGAGCUCAAGAAGCACUUGGUCACAGCAAGCUAUGUUGAUGAUUCCAUGUCAAAGUUGGAGCAAGCUGCGCAAGGAGCAGGUGUAACUAUACUCUGCGAAAUGGGCCUUGAUCCUGGCAUAGAUCACAUGUUGUCGAUGAAAAUGAUUGAUGAAGCACAUGCUCAGAAUGGAAAAAUAAAGGCUUUUACAUCUUUCUGUGGUGGACUUCCAUCUCCAGCUGCCGCAAACAAUCCACUGGCCUACAAGUUCAGUUGGAGUCCAGCAGGUGCCAUCCGAGCAGGAAGAAAUCCUGCUGUCUACAAAUUUCUUGGAGAGACCAUCAAUGUGGAUGGUAGUAAAUUAUACGAGUCAGCAAAGAGGCUCAGACUACCAGAGCUUCCCGCUUUUGCCCUGGAACACUUGCCAAAUCGAAAUUCCUUGAUGUAUGGAGACCUGUAUGGGAUCUCCAAAGAAGCAUCUACCGUAUAUAGGUCCACUCUUCGUUAUGAAGGAUUUAGUGAGAUCAUGGCUAUCCUGGCGAAAAUUGGGUUUUUUGAUGCUGAAAAUCAUCCACUGCUACAAGAAACUAAUCGCCCAACAUAUAGGAUUUUUCUCAACGAACUCCUUAAUGUCAACAAUGUAUCCACAUCUAACACAAAGGUAAAUGGUGAAGAAACUGGAGGACAUGACGAUGAACUGAUUUCAAGACUCAUGAUGCUUGGGCAUUGCAAAGAAAAGGAACUAGCUGUCAAGAUACUCAAAACCAUCAAGUUCUUGGGGCUGCAUGAGGAGACACAGAUUCCUAAGGAUUGUUCAAGUGCAUUCAGUGUUAUUUGCCAACGUAUGGAACAGAGAAUGGCCUAUGGCCACAAUGAGCAGGAUAUGGUACUGCUCCACCAUGAAGUCGAGGUGGAGUACCCCGACGGGCGACCAACCGAAAAGCACCAAGCGACGCUGCUGGAGUUCGGAAAGACCGAGAAUGGCAGGUCGACCACCGCCAUGGCCCUCACCGUCGGGGUACCGGCAGCGAUAGGAGCCCUGCUCUUGCUCCAGAACAAGGUCCAGAGGAAAGGGGUGAUCCGGCCUCUGGAGCCGGAGAUCUACAUCCCUGCGCUGGAGAUCUUGGAAGCGGCGGGCAUCAAGCUGAUCGAGAGAGUGGAGACCUGA